AAAAAUGCAAAAGACAAUCCGAAGAAGCAGCAAAAGCUAAAAACCCUAAUUCUCAGGGCAAGAAGGAAACGAAAGAUCUGUGAUUUUUUUUUUGCGAGGAAGAAAAUAAAGAUGAGACCGAUUUUGAUGAAGGGCCAUGAAAGGCCAUUGACGUUUCUCAAAUACAACAGAGACGGCGAUCUUUUGUUUUCAUGCGCCAAGGACCAUACUCCCACCGUUUGGUUCGCUGACAACGGGGAGCGUCUCGGCACUUACCGUGGCCAUAACGGCGCUGUUUGGACUUGCGAUGUCUCAAGGGAUUCGUCGAGGCUUAUUACGGGAAGUGCUGAUCAAACGGUGAAGCUGUGGAAUGUUCAGACGGGAGCUCAAUUGUAUACUUUUAAUUUCGGUUCGCCGGCGAGGUCGGUGGAUUUUGCUGUAGGGGAUAAGCUUGCUGUGAUUACAACGGAUCCUUUCAUGGAAUUGACUCCUGCUAUUCAUGUUAAACGCAUUGCUAGAGACCCAAACGAACAGACUGAGGAAUCUGUGCUUGUCAUCAAGGGCCCUCAAGGAAGAAUAAACAGAGCUGUUUGGGGACCCCUCAAUAAAACUAUCAUUAGUGCUGGAGAAGAUGCUGUAACUCGUAUUUGGGAUUCUGAGACUGGAAAAAUGCUUAGGGAGUCUGACAAGGAAUCUGGCCACAAAAAGACUAUAACAUCACUCGCAAAAUCUGCAGAUGGUUCACACUUCCUUACUGGUUCCCUGGAUAAAUCUGCCAAGCUAUGGGACACAAGAACAUUGACUCUUAUCAAGACCUAUGUUACAGAACGCCCAGUCAAUGCUGUUGCAAUGUCUCCACUUCUUGACCAUGUUGUGCUUGGAGGUGGUCAGGAUGCAUCAGCUGUCACAACCACAGAUCAUCGUGCUGGGAAGUUUGAAGCUAAAUUCUAUGACAAGAUACUUCAAGAAGAAAUCGGAGGUGUGAAAGGACAUUUUGGGCCUAUAAAUGCUUUGGCUUUUAACCCAGAUGGGAAGAGUUUCUCAAGUGGCGGCGAGGAUGGAUACGUGCGAUUACACCAUUUUGACCCAGAUUACUUCAACAUCAAAAUUUAAUUUUGGAAGCAGUUUACAGAAACAGCUUGUCCCGACAAGAGUGAACAAGUAGUCUUGGAGUAUUUACGGCAAGGAGCUCCUGUUUAAUUUCGUGGAGGAUGAUGCGUAAACUAUAUUUGGUAUCCGACUGCCAAGGGAUUAGAAAUUUGUAGAAGAUCCUGUUUGUAUGCACAUAACCAGCAUUCUUGUGCAUGAUUUAUGAAAUGCAUCAAUUUCGAGCUUUAUGAACUUUGUUACAUUUUUGCCAAAAUUAAAAUAUUAUUUUUAAAAAAAUCAGAGUCUAAAAUAAGA